AUGGGGAUCCCCUCAUUCCUAUCCCUCCUUGCCACUGGGAGUGACUGGAUUGAUUUCAAGCCCUCUCAGUCUUUGGGCCACGUGCUUCUGUGGACAGCUGUGCUAUUCUUGGCUCCUGUUGCUGGGACAUCUGCUCUCUCGAAGGCUGUGGUGAAAAUCCAGCCCCCAUGGAUCAACGUGCUCCAGGAGGACUCCGUGACCCUGACAUGCUGGGGGGCCCACAUCCCUGGGAAUGACUCCACUCGGUGGUUCCACAAUGGGAGUCCCAUCCCCACCCAGGUCCAGCCCAGCUUCACGUUUAAGGCCAUGAACAGUGACAGUGGGGACUACAGGUGCCAGACGGGCCAAACCAGCCUCAGUGAACCUGUGCACCUGGACGUGCUUUCUGGGUGGCUGCUGCUUCAGACCCCUCACCUGAAGUUCCAGGAGGGGGAAACCAUCCCGUUGAGGUGCCAUAGCUGGAGGGACAAGCCUCUGGUCAAAGUCACAUUCUAUCAAAAUGGAAAAUCCAAGAAGUUUUCCCGUUUGGAUUCCAACUUCUCCAUCCUACGAGCAAACCACAGCCACAGUGGUGAUUACCACUGCACGGGAAACAUAGGAUACACGCAGCACUCAUCCCAGCCUGUGACCAUCACUGUCCAAGAGUCCAGCUCUUCGCUGACGGUGAUCAUCGUGGCUGUGGUCACUGGGAUUGCUGUCGCAGUGAUUGUUGCUAUCACAGCAGGCUUGAUCUACCGCAGGCAAAAGAGGAUUUCAGUCAAUCCUACUGAUCCUGAGGAGGCUGCCAAAGUUGAGGCUGAGAACACAAUCACCUAUUCACUUCUCAUGCACCCAGAAGCUCAUGAGGAAGAAACAGGGCCUGAUUACCAGAACCACAUUUAGUCUCCAUUGUCUUACCCUGGGAUUUGGCAAGAAAAUCAGAGAGGCGAGGAUCUAGUAUCUCCUGGC